CGUCCCUGAAUCUGAUUGGCUGAGGCGGCACGCAGCUCCCAUCACGAUAGUGUAACCCAUCGGCGCGUGUCACCGGAGGAUUUCUGUCGCUGUACUUUGAGAAAAAUGGCCAGCUGGUGUGUGCGGGCAGUGAGACAGAGUUACUGUCUUGUCGGGUCUCCUGCUUUUGUCAGAGCGCCGCCGCGUCUGCUCUGUACGGCUGCUCAGAGGAGGAACGGCCAGGGCUCGGAGGAGGAGGCCGAGAAGGCGGAGCAGACCACGCCGGAGAAAACGCUGGCGGAGGAGAAGACUCAGCUGGAGGAGCAGCUCAAAGAAAUGACCGAAAAAUACAAGCGGGCUUUAGCAGACACAGAGAACCUGAGGAGGAGGAGUCAGAAGAUGGUGGAGGACGCUAAACUUUACGGGAUCCAGGGCUUCUGUAAGGAUCUGCUGGAGGUGGCCGACAUCCUGGAGAAAGCUACAGAGAGCGUCCCCAAAGAGGAGGUGACCAGCCAGAACCCUCACCUGAAGAACCUGUACGACGGGCUGGUGAUGACGGAGGUCCAGAUCCAGAAGGUGUUCAGCAAGCACGGCCUGGUGAAGCUCAGCCCCGAGGGGCAGAAGUUCGACCCGUACGAGCACGAGGCCCUGUUCCACGCCCCCGUGGAGGGCAAGGAGCCCGGCACCGUGGCCGUGGUGACCAAAGUGGGCUACAAGCUUCACGGCCGCACUCUCAGGCCGGCGCUGGUGGGCGUGGCUAAGGCCUCCUAGAACUGACGGAGAAACACGAGCGACCUCCGGCUCUGCUGCCAGCCUUUCCCCUAAAGUCCCUCCAGACUCCAGCAGACUCAGAGACGGGAGUCCAGCCGAACUUUCAUGAGGACCACGUCAGUUUGUUCUUUCAGACGUUAGAAUCCCAGAGAAAACUUCCAUGUGUGUUUGGUUCUGAUGAGAGCUGCUCUCCGCUGGGUCCAGAUGUUUGUGCUUCCUGUCUGUGAAGGAACGGAGGUGUUGGAGGGACGUCCUCAGACCUCCAACUCCUCUGAGCAGCAGCAUUUCCAGACCUCUGAGAGUAAAAGAACAUUUUAACUGCUAAUAAACCCCCUGACGACCAUGUUGGAAACAUCUCUGAUUCCUCCAUCCAAACCCUGUAAAGAUGAAAAGUCAUAAACAACAAAAUGAAACUCUGUAUAUGUUUGGAGAAUAACAGAAGAAUAAAAGAAGUUGUAGGUAAAACCUGGA